UCUUCAUCGAUGACCCCAGACGCCGCUGGGCAACUUCUCAUAAACGAAACCCCACCCCUUCCUCGUCGACGAGUCAACUCCCCCUCACAAACACAUUAAAUUUGCCUACCACCGGCUGUUGCGUUUUCCUGCGGUGGGAUCGUGUAACUGCCGUGAUGUGGAAGGAUAACGAAGGCUCAUCAAGGGGACGUUACCAUUCACGCAGCAACGUUGACACAUCAAUAUCACAACGCAUCAACAUGGAAUCGCUUGUUUCUAAGUACAUCAGAAUUGCCUCCGUGGUGGCAGCAUAUUGGACCAUCUCCAUUUCCAUGGUGUUUGUGAACAAAUAUCUGCUGAGCAGUGAAAGUGUCAAGUUGAAUGCGCCAAUGUUCAUCACCUGGUUUCAGUGUGUGGUCACUGUUCUGCUUUGCUUCCUGCUCAGUAUCGGGGGACAGCUGUUCCCACAGUUUGUUUCGUUUCCUGCUGUGAAGCUGGAAGGCAAGCUGAUCAGAGCUACCCUGCCCUUGUCCAUCGUGUUUGUGUCGAUGAUCACGUUCAACAACUUGUGCCUGAAGUACAUCGGUGUCGCCUUCUACUUCGUCGGUCGCUCGCUCACCACCGUGUUCAAUGUGGCUCCCUCUCCAUCGUGGGCGUGCUGUUCGGUGUGAUGGCCAGCGCCAGCGUGGCUCUCAACGCCAUCUUCACCAAGAAGGUGCUCCCCCUGGUGGACAACAACGUGUGGCGGCUCACGCUCUACAACAACAUCAACGCCACCUUCCUCUUCCUCCCGCUCAUGCUGGUGUUUGGCGAGUUCCGAGAGGUGUACGAGUUCCCGCUGCUCACGCAGGUCUCCUUCUGGAACUGGAUGACCAUCAGCGGGGUCUUCGGAUUCGCCAUCGGAUACGUGACCGGCAUGCAGAUUCAGGUGACGUCCCCUCUCACCCACAACAUCUCGGGCACGGCCAAGGCCUGCGCUCAGACGGUCCUGGGCUGCAUCUACUUCGGCGAGUCCAAGACGGGGCUGUGGUGGCUCAGCAACAUGGUGGUGCUGGCGGGCUCCGGGAGCUACACGGAGGUCAAGCGGCGCGAGAUGAAGAAGCAGCACGGGGAGGCGGUGGCCGCAGCGGUCAAGCAGGUGCAGAUCGUGGAGCAGCUGGAGGACGGGAAGAAGUCGGUCUCUUCGUAAUUAGCAGAGGAGAGAUGCGGUGGGGCUGUAUUAUUCACGCUCUCAGAAUAACAGGGUUCUAACUGCAUGCGUUGUCGUAGAGAUUUUAGAAAAUGGGAUUCAAAGAUUUACCCUCACAGCUAAAAUGGUAGGAUUCUGAACUCCGUGAUGAUUAGUUUUGAGAAAAUGGGAUCCGAAGAUUUAUACUCUUACAGCUAAAAUAUUUUACACCUUAUUCGUUAUGUGUGAAUUAAAAAAACAACAAAUAUAGGUAAGAUUUUCUGAAAAGCCUUUAACACAGCGUGCAGGGCACCUGUGUCAGUAAUGUGUAGUGUGUAACUGAUUUCUGGCAAACAAGUUGAGGUAGAACCUUGUGGUUCUUUCUAAGGGCACAUCAUAUUUACAGACAGAAAUGGUGAUUUUGUAUCUUCAUCGACGAGUAAAAAGGGAGGGAAAUGGAGAAUAGGGACUGAUGCUUUAUUCUCUCUGAUAUUUCAUUUCCCUCCCUUCCUACCAGUACAGCAAGACACCUGCCAGAGCGUGACAGUAAUGUCGAGACUUGAUCUGCUGUUAUAGAUAUGCUCGAUCUAUUCUAUUAUUCUAAUAACGUUGCUACAGCUUUAGAAGGUACAAAACAUUAUGGAACGACUGCGAGGGCCGCCAAGUAAACUAUGGCGUAUAAACUUUCAUUUUCAGAAGGGAGCCUAAUGUCUGUUAUGGCAUUUAUUGUAGGCUCUCUUAUGAAAAUGAAGCUUCUCCACCCAAAACGCUUCAAGAAAAUCCGUUUUUUUGUCUCUCCUGUUAAAUUUGAAAAACAUGACUUACCAUAGUUUACUUGGCGGCUUCGGUUUGAAAGAUGACAACAGGGUCGUCAAAUUUAUUUGUGAUUUGUGAAGGAAACAAUUUGUAAUACGGUAAUAUAGAUGUCUCCUCCCUUUCACUGCCACCACAAUCAUAUUAAUUUGACCCUCAUUUCAUUAAUUCUUUUCAAAUAAUGUUUCUAGUAUUUGCAAUCUUUUUGGGUUUCCC